AAGAAGAAAAGAUAUGGGCGGCUCGUGAUGUUACUUAUGUUUUUUGACGCUUUGGGGGAAAGUCACCAGGCCGCAUGUAAAAAUUUUCCGGCCUUGCCACAAAAUACUUCAUGGUGAUGGCGCCUCUUCUCAAACUCUCCUCUGCGUAUCUUCCUAUUCGCUUCAUGGCCUCUCGCUUCUUCCACACCUCUUCCUUCUUUUCUCAUUCUUCUUCCUCCUCUUCACUCUCUUCGUCCUUUUCCUUUUCUCGGACUUCCCUUUUCUUCAUACCCAGGGCGUCUUUUCAGCUGAGUAAAAUUUCAAGCCAUCAUGUGGUCCCAAAAACAGUCACUCCAAGGGCAUAUAUAUCAUCUAGCUCAGCAACCGAGGCUCUUCCAAAAAGUGAAAGCCCCAAAGCUUAUGGUUCUGAUCAAAUUCAGGUACUUGAAGGACUGGACCCUGUUAGAAAAAGGCCAGGAAUGUAUAUUGGAAGCACAGGUCCACGCGGACUGCACCAUUUGGUCUAUGAAAUUUUGGAUAAUGCUGUUGAUGAAGCUCAAGCUGGUUUUGCUUCAAAGAUAGAUGUUAUUUUGCUUGCUGAUGAUUCUGUGAGCAUCACUGACAAUGGGCGAGGGAUUCCUACUGACACACAUCCAGUUACUAAAAAGUCUGCCCUGGAGACGGUGUUGACGGUGCUGCAUGCAGGUGGUAAAUUUGGGGGUACAAACAGUGGCUACUCUGUUUCCGGUGGUUUGCAUGGUGUUGGUUUAUCUGUUGUUAACGCCUUGUCUGAGACACUUGAGGUAACAGUUUGGCGUGGCGGAUUGGAAUACAAGCAAAAAUAUUCUCGUGGGAAGCCAACAACGCCUCUGACUUUUGAUGUGCUUCCUGCUGAUCAAAAAGAUCGUCAAGGGACAUGCAUCAGAUUUUGGCCUGACAAAGAAGUAUUCACCACUGCUAUUCAGUUUGACUACCACACAAUUGCUGGGCGCAUUAGGGAGCUAGCUUUCCUCAACCCGAAGCUUACUAUAACUCUUCGGAAAGAAGAUAAUGAUCCAGAGAAGACACAGUAUAAUGAGUAUUUUUACGCUGGAGGAUUGGUUGAAUAUGUGAAAUGGCUUAAUACUGAUAAGAGAGCUCUCCAUGACGUAUUGAGUUUUAGAAAAGAAGCGGAUGGAAUCUCAAUGGAUGUUGCUCUUCAAUGGUGUGAAGAUGCAUAUUCAGAUACAAUACUUGGAUACGCUAAUAGUAUACGCACUGUUGAUGGAGGCACCCACAUUGAUGGUAUGAAGGCUUCAUUGACAAGAACACUUAAUAAUCUUGCGAAGAAGUCAAAACUUAUUAAGGAUAAGGACAUUGCUUUAAGUGGUGAGCAUGUGAGAGAGGGUCUAACAUGCAUUGUCUCAGUGAAGGUCCAAAAUCCAGAGUUUGAAGGACAAACAAAGACAAGGUUGGGAAAUCCAGAGGUGCGAAAAGUGGUUGAUCAAUCUAUUCAAGAGUACAUUACUGAAUAUUUGGAGUUGCAUCCAGAUGUUCUUGAUUUGAUACUUUCUAAAGCUCUAAAUGCUUUUAAGGCAGCUCUAGCGGCUAAAAGGGCAAGAGAAUUGGUGAGACAGAAAAGUGUAUUGAGAUCUUCAUCUCUUCCGGGAAAAUUAGCUGAUUGCUCAUCUACGAAACCCGAAGAAUGUGAAAUUUUCAUAGUCGAGGGUGAUUCUGCUGGAGGAAGUGCUAAACAAGCUCGUGACAGGCGUUUCCAGGCCAUUCUUCCUCUGAGAGGCAAAAUUUUAAAUGUUGAACGGAAGGAUGAAGCAGCGAUUUACAAAAAUGAAGAACUCCAAAAUCUAAUUCUUGCUCUCGGGCUUGGAUUGAAGGGAGAGGAUUUUAAAAAGGAUGCACUCCGAUAUCACAAGAUUAUCAUUUUAACUGAUGCUGAUGUAGACGGUGCUCAUAUCCGGACUCUACUAUUGACAUUUUUCUUCAGAUAUCAGAGGGCUUUAUUUGAUGCAGGUUGCAUAUAUGUUGGUGUUCCACCGCUCUACAAGGUAGAAAGGGGAAAACAAGUAUACUAUUGCUAUGAUGACGCUGACCUUAGAAAGCUUAGAAGUUCAUUCCCUCCUAAUGCAACAUACAACUUGCAAAGGUUCAAAGGACUUGGGGAGAUGAUGCCUUCACAACUAUGGGAGACAACAAUGGAUCCAGAACGCAGAAUGUUGAAGCGAUUAAUGAUUGAGGAUGUAGCCGAGGCAAAUGUUGUCUUCUCCUCCCUUAUGGGAGCUCGGGUGGAUGCUCGGAAGGAGUUGAUACAGAAGUAUGCAAGUAUGAUAGAUCGUGAUCAACUAGACAUUUGAAGCAAUAUUUCUCUUGAUAUCUGCAGUGCAACAUAGUAUCGCCCAAUUUUUUCCUCCAGUGGUAAGCGAUGGCCUACGUCUACGAAGAAGAAACUUCAUUCCCUUUUGGUUUUGGGCAAUGGCUGCCAUUUAGUUGAUCCGAAACACAUUUUCAUGGCAUUCAUGUAAUUUUCUUUUGUCCAUCACUGGAGGUUUGUAUUUUAGUCGUACAAAUUAUGUUGGCAUUCCGGAUGAACCUUCAAUGUAUUAUUUCAAUUCAAUUUUUGUAGAUUAUUUCCAGGUUUCUACCCAGCUCUACA